CUGCGCUCUGGUCACCGGUAUGCCUCAGUAGCCACCACCAAGCUAUUCAUCAAUGGACAAUUUGUGGAAAGCUCCACAUCUGAUUGGAUUGACUUGCAUAACCCAGCCACCAAUGAGGUGGUCACGCGUGUGCCCAAGGCCACCCAGGCCGAGAUGAACUCGGCGGUGGACGCGGCCAAGGAGGCGUUCAAGACCUGGUCGCAGACAUCCAUCCUGACGCGGCAGCAGAUCAUGUUCAACUACCAGAACCUGAUCAAGCAGAACAUGCGCCGGCUGGCGGAGAGCAUCACCCAGGAGCAGGGCAAGACGCUGGUGGACGCCGAGGGCGACGUACUGCGCGGCCUGCAGGUGGUGGAGCACUGCUGCAGCAUCACGAGUCUGCAGCUGGGCGAGACGAUGCCGGGCGUCUCCAAAGACAUGGACACGCUGUCGUACCGUAUCCCCUUGGGCGUGUGCGCCGGCAUCACGCCCUUCAACUUCCCCGCCAUGAUCCCGCUCUGGAUGUUCCCCACUGCUGCCGUGUGUGGCAACACGUCCAUCGUCAAGCCGUCCGAGCGUGACCCGGGCGCCUGCAUGCUGCUGGUGGAGCUGUUAAAGGAGGCGGGCAUGCCGGACGGUGUUGUGAACGUGAUCCACGGCGAGCACGAGGCGGUCAACUUCAUCUGCGACAACCCCGACAUCCGCGCCAUCUCCUUCGUCGGCUCGGACGUGGCUGGCAAGCACAUCUACGAACGCGGCAGCCGCAAUGGCAAGCGUGUGCAGUGCAACAUGGGCGCCAAGAACCACGGCGUCAUCAUGCCGGACGCCAACAAGGAGAACAUGCUGAACCAGCUGGUGGGCGCGGCGUUCGGUGCUGCCGGCCAGCGCUGCAUGGCGCUCAGCACGGCAGUGCUGGUCGGCGACGCCAAGAACUGGCUGCCCGAGCUGGUGGAGCGCAGCAGCAAGCUGCGCGUCAACGCCGGUCACGAGCCGGACGCCGACCUGGGCCCGGUCAUCUCGCCCAAGGCCAAACAGCGCAUCGAGCAGUUGGUGGAGUCGGGCAUUAAGGAGGGCGCCUCGUGCCCGCUGGACGGCCGCAGCGUCAAGGUGCCCGGCUACGAGCGUGGCAACUUCGUGGGUCCGACCAUCCUCACCAACGUCACGCCCGAGAUGGAGUGCUACCGUGAGGAGAUCUUCGGCCCCGUGCUCUGCGUGCUGACCGUGGACACGUUGGACGACGCCAUCCGGCUCAUCAACAGCAAUCCGUACGGCAACGGCACGGCCAUCUUCACCACCAAUGGCGCCACGGCCCGCAAGUUCACGCAUGAGAUCGACGUUGGACAGGUUGGCAUCAACGUGCCCAUCCCGGUGCCGCUGCCCAUGUUCUCGUUCACGGGCUCGCGUGGCUCCUUCCUCGGCGACGCCAACUUCUACGGCAAGGCGGGGAUGAACUUCUACACCCAGGUGAAGACGGUGACGCAGAUGUGGCGGGCUGAUGACGUCACCCACAGCCGGGCCGCCACGGCCAUGCCGGUGAUGCGCUGAUGACCGCCGAUGUCGGCCGGGCGGGCGCCGGACGGAAGCAGCACCACUCUGCGCUCCGUGAUCGGGUGCCCCGAUAUUGGACCUGUGUGUGGGUGGCGCCUGGAGGGCGAUAGUGUUGAAGUUUAUUUUGGGUACACGAUAGUAUACAUGACCACGGUGGUACGCCAAAUGAAAUGGUUAAUUACGUUUUGUAUUGCUUUGAAGGGUACGUAGAUGCCGCCUUGCGUUUGAAGCGGAUCGCCUAGUAGUUUGCAGCAGUUUUGAGAGGAAGAUGGGCGCCUGGUGGCGGCUCUUUAGUACUGAUCGCAGACGGGUCAUACCUACAAAAGUAAAAUGUGUCGUCUCCCGUGUCAGUGCUCACACACAUGUGCAAUAAACAUGCGCAGACCAGCCGCGGUUCUGUCGCAUCAGCUCCCCCGGU